AUGCCCGCUGAGUACUCUGCUCUUGCCUGGGCUGCAUCGCAACAGCGCAUCUUCUGCGGGACAAAGGCCGGGGAACUCCGCGUCUUUGAUCUUCGCGUGCGGCGCAUUUCCCAUCGUUUCGAGGCUCAUGGCGAUUCCGUGCAGCACUGCUUUGUUCUCCAAACGACGGGGCAGCUGGCAUCUCUAAGCUCAGCUGAGCUCAAGCUCUGGAGCUUGAAGAAUCUCGAGCUGUUGGACACCAUUCCGCUGCAUGGUUCUGGUCGAGGAGUCUCCGCAUCGGUCCUCGGGGCCAAAGUGCUGAGCUGCGCCACGCUCCUCUCGGAGCGGCACCUGGUCACCGCCGGCCAGGAUGGCACCGUGGUCUUGACUCGCCUCUGA